UCGAGGCGGUGGGCAAGAUAAGAUAGGCAAACGUAUUUCCUGUGCUGUACCUGAUUCUACAUUGUUGUCUUGCCUACUAAGUGUAAACUCACAAGUUGUUAAAUCAGCCCCUGGAAAAUGCAAGCCAUCAAGUGUGUGGUGGUUGGAGAUGGUGCUGUGGGAAAGACAUGCCUGCUCAUCAGCUACACAACCAACGCCUUCCCUGGAGAGUACAUCCCCACAGUGUUUGAUAACUACUCAGCCAAUGUGAUGGUGGACAGUAAGCCAGUGAACCUGGGACUGUGGGAUACAGCAGGACAGGAGGACUAUGACAGACUCAGACCUCUGUCCUAUCCUCAGACGGAUGUGUUCCUCAUCUGUUUCUCUCUGGUGAGCCCAGCAUCGUUUGAGAACGUCAGAGCCAAGUGGUACCCUGAGGUACGACACCACUGCCCCUCCACACCCAUCAUCCUCGUGGGCACCAAGCUGGAUCUGAGGGACGAGAAGGAAACCAUUGAGAAGCUGAAGGAGAAGAAGCUAGCGCCCAUCACCUACCCACAAGGCUUAGCACUAGCCAAAGAGAUAGACUCGGUGAAGUACCUGGAAUGCUCUGCCCUGACCCAGCGGGGGCUGAAGACGGUCUUUGACGAGGCCAUCCGAGCGGUGCUGUGCCCCCAGCCCACCAAGGUGAAGAAACGACCCUGUCUACUCAUCUGAUCUCAGACCUGUGGAUAGACCAAGAGGGAAGAGCUCAGGAAUCACACAACAGCAAAUGUUGAUUUUAGUUAAAUACAAAGUUUGGCAGUUUUACAAAGUGGUCUAAUGUUCAGAUGAGUCAACAUAUGUAGUGUUGAGUCUUGCCAUCUGUAUUGUAUAACCAGCUAUAAUUACAGUAUAUAGUGUAUGCCUCAAUCCCAAAUAAAUGGAAGAUAGUUGGACCGUCGGAUUGUACCAUUACAGAUGGUGCCGACCUUUCCCACUGAUUGGGGAUUGAGGCAUAUAGCUGGUUCUACGAUUCUUCUCAAUGUUAGACCACUGUUCAGGUCUGAAAACAACCAUCAGACUUUCUGCUGCAUCUAUAAAUGUCCUUAAUAUUUUCAAGACAAAUCCUGGAUAUGUACACAUGGAUAAGGGUUUUAGAUUCAUAUAUUGGUAUUUGGUUUUGGUUUCUGACUCAUUUUCUUAUACACUUCUUCUAUAUGGUUUGUUAAUGCAGUGACUGGUCCUUAAUGUACAAGAAAGACACUGAAAAAUACAUAGACCAAACAUUAGUGUGUAUAGUCAGAAAUGUAUUGCACCAUCCUAAUGUAAGAAACUUUCUAAAAUUAUCAUGUUGUUUACUCUAUAAAAUUUAUUUUUCAUAUUUUGACAUGAUACAGCAUUCUACUAUAUUCCUAAGGUACCAUAUUACAUUUCUCUCUAUUACAAUUUAAUUUAACACAAAAAAAAACAUAUGAGUGUGUUUGUGUGUCCCCUUGCCCUUAGAACAGACUCAAUUCGCUGGGGCAUGGACUCCACAAAGUA